AUGACAGGACCACCACCCAACCCAAACACCAUCUCCAACCUCCUCUCAACACACCGGGCUCUUCUGGACACACUGACCUCAUUCCUCACCGUGACGACACACCACAUCCUCUAUCUGCGAAGGCUGUACCCGCCCGUCUCAUUCCUCUCCGCGCGCGCGUACAACUACCCAGUGCGCCAGAGCCGCCACCCGGCCGUAUGCCGCUGGAUCAACGACGCCGUGGCCGCGACCCGCGACCAGCUCGAGAAGAACACGGUCGAAAAGGUCUCGCUGUGUAUCUACGAGUGCGACGAGAACCGCGUCCUGGAACGCUGGACCUUCGAUCUGCGUUCUUUCCCCGCCGUCGCCAAACGUGACCGCGACGUGCCCUUUGAAUCGCCAGACAACAACAACAACAACAAUAUUGAUGACGACGAACCCGCAAAUCACGAGACGAGCGUCGACACUCCACUGGCCCGAAAAGUCAACGUCAGCGACCUGGAAUCCAACUUCCGCGCGACGCUGUCCCGCAUCAGUACGGCGGCGGCGAAACUGUCACCACUACCGGAAGGGCCAGGGGCGCCAGAGUGCAGUUUCACGCUGACCAUCGAAGUCAAAGACCAGGCCGACCGACCCGUCGGACGGCUCGAGCGGGAAGAAAGGAAAUGGAUCGCCGCGGAACCCGAACCGUUUGACGACGACGAUCAAGGCGGUGCACCGGGAACGAGCAAGAACCAGAACGCCAAACACCCUUCCGGAGCCCUUCCGCCUCCACAACCACCAUCCUCCACCACAACCACACCGCGACCCAAUGCCCGCACCCACGCAAUCCGCCGCCUCGAAGCCGGCGAGCUGCGCAUGGAAGUAUGGGUAGAGGAGUCGGCCGCGAAACUCAGCUACGCGUCUUCGUCCACAGCAACGGCAGCGGCAACGGCGAACCCAAGACCCGCACAGCAACGGCGCCAGCAAAUGUCCUACGGCGCCGGAACCGCCAAGUUCGACCCGGACGACGCCCUGUAUCAGUAUGAUGACUUGGACCUCGAGCCCCCCGACGUCAAUCGGAAGCCGGGCGGCGGCAGUUCGACGGAUUAUCAGCGUGGAUAA